AAGGCCAACAGUCUCUGGCUGUAUGUCGUUCAACGACAUUCCCCCAUCGCCAUCAACCAGUCAAAAAAAUUUUUAUCACCACCAAAAAUACCGGAAAUAACGAAAAUACCGUGAACCCACGAAAGAGUUACCGAAAAAAUUGAAAAAAUCAAGAAAAAAUCCAUCAUGCAGCAAUAAAUUUUAUCAAUGAGGGCAUUUAGUGGUAAAAUUCAUAACUCCCACUGGAAUAAUCUUAUCGCACCGAGGAGCAAAUAAUUCAAGUGUCAGUGUGUGUAUCACAUGUCAAAAUAUCACGCACCAGAUGAUUUUCAUUGGUUUCAAUUUAUUAAAUCGUCUUCAGUGCUGGGUAAAACGAGUCGAGUGAACACUGGAAUUCACUCAGCAGAUGUCAGCGAAUUUGUUUAUUGCAUUGAUUGUUGAUGUACCAGUGGAAUGAGACAAUUGAGUGAAAAUUAAAUAUUGAAAUAACGACUGGAAAUUAUCAAAUCCUAACUAGAUCAAAUUAAUCGAUAUCAAUCGGUAUCAAUAAACUAGAAAAUAAAUAAAUCAGUAAUUAUCAUUAGAACAUCCGAGAGAUGCCUCAAGCUGAAUUUGAAUACAUGAAUAACCACUCAGAAAUUAUCCGCAACUGAAAGAUUUAAUUCACGUGUUUGCAGACGGUAAUUAUAAAAUGAGAAAAAAUAUAUGGGCCAGCGGUAAUUAUCAUUGCAGCUGAAUGAUUGAUGCGGCAGUUGAAUUUAUGGAUGUUUUUUGUUAAACUGAAUUUUCUGGAGGACUGGAAAUAUUAAUAAAUUAUUGCGGAAUAGUUAAUGCUUCCGGUGUGAACUCCAACCUUCACGGAAUACAGAGAAUCUUUUCAUAGAUGAAGACAUUUAUUCGCCUAUACAUUACCACCUAGUACUCUAUGAAGCAGAGAUUGAAACACCGAGAAAAAUCUCGAGAGAAAUAAUUUUCAAUAAUUACAGAAUAAUUAUCCAUUAUAAAAAUCAAAUGUGAAUAGAUAAAUAUCAAAACUGUCACUCGACUGAUGGAUAAUCGAAGAGAAAUGGAGCAAUUGAGUAAUUAUUUUCCCCGCUGGUUAAACAAUCCAAUAAUAAUAUCCAGGACAAUGCACAAGACGUAAAUUCGACAAAUGGAAUUAUCAAAAAUAUCUAUUAACGUGACUAAGGGAUAAACUGUUGGAAAAUGGGAGUAAUGAAGCUCCUAUUGAGUAUUACCAUCGUGUGCUUACUUUGGAGUGGUUUUUCAACAAUAGAUGCUUCAAAUACCGAGGGAAUGUGCAGUUCAUCCGCAUGCAAUUGUGAUUCUUACGGGGGACUCACUUGCAAUUGCGCGGAUCAAGUUGAGGAGUUAAUUCUAACGUCAGAUGGUGAUCAUCCCCUGAGCUCAUUCACCCACUGGAUAAUAAUUCGCAAUUGUCCAUCAGUAAUUCUUAUGAAUUCGAGUCUAACGAGAAUGAGUAAUUUACGAUCCAUUGAAUUCAUCGACAUUAACAACCUGACAUUAUUCACCGAGAGUUUUGAACUAUCACCCAAGACAAUGCGCACCAGUGUAACCAUCAGAUCAUCCAACAUUCAGGUACUCCCCAGUUACACAUUUCGCGGUGAUAUGGAGGCGAUAAGCUUCGAAAAUGUUCAAAUUAAUCUCAUCAAUGCCUUUGCAUUCACCAAUCUCGCUGGCACUGAAACCCUCAGACUAGAGGACUGCACAUUCGAUAUAAUAGAGGAGCAGGCAUUUAAGAAAUUUGAUGUCAACUAUCUUCACAUAAUACGAGGUACACUUGGAUCAGAAGUACCGAGCAGAGCUAUUAAUGAUCUUGAAGUACUAACGACAUUUCGACUCGAUGGCGUUAAAAUGGGCAUCGUCAAGAGUUCAGCAUUUGUUAUUAAAAAACCGAAAACCGUGUCAAUUCAGAAUUGCGUUAUAGAGAGUUUAGAGGCUGAGGCGUUUGAUAUCGCAGCAACUGGUGGAGUUCAUAUUAAGAACAAUACAUUUAAAAAUUUAGUGACGGGAUCUUUCCUGGGUAUACGAGCUGAUCGUGGAAAUAAUGGAAUCAAGUCUGAAUCGUAUUACGAUAUUACUUUUACCAAUAAUACGUUGAAUAACUUUGAGGAGGGAUCCGUUAUGUUUAAUCGAGAUGAUUUUCAACCGAUUAUCGACAAUGUAAUCAUCAAUCGUACCUGUGAUUGUACUUAUUUGAAAACGUGGAUGAAUAAUAUUCUUAAUUACACUAUUUAUCCUCGAUUUUACCGUUCGCUGUCGACCAGAGCUGUACGAAAAAUGAAUUUUGAUGCGAUUGAGGAGAGAACAUUUAUGUGUAUCGACGAUUCAACAAAUUAUCUGAGAUUCGAUGAAUUUGAAGCGACAAAUUGCACACUCAGCAGCUCUAUAAUGUACCUUCUACUGGCUGCUGUCGGUCUGAUUGUCAUUUUGGCAUUUGUAAUUGGUAUAAUAAUUUGGUACUGCAGAGAAAAUGGAGGACAAGAUAGAUGGAUGAGUGUGCCAACGAGUGCACCGGAUGUUGUGUCUCAGAAAAAUGGAGUUAUCGGUAGAAAUGGUAGCACUCAAAGUGCACCAGUUGACAGUAGAAUUACCAUGGUUGUUCCCGAUGGUAGACUAUACCGAGAGACUGAAUUUCACGUUAUCGUGGAAAAAGCUGAGCCACUCACUACCGAAUUGUAACCAGAGCCAUCGCGCUCAUCAGUUUCCACCAGAAAUCCACGAGAGAUCAUCGACGAGCGCGAAUUUCGAGUGUACAAAUUGUGAAGUGAUAAUGAUUCCAACAAACACUCAAUCAGUGAAUAUGAAAAACAUUUCUAGUAUUAAACCAAACGAGGAGAGCCUCUCCAUACUCAUAUGUGUCAUAAAAAAACUAAAUAGAUCAAUAUCAAAAUUAAACGACUCUAGUUUUAUUCCGAGUGACGUAGUGCCUAGUUGCUCUUCUUUUUAUACUUGUAAAGAAAGAAAAUAAUUGAUUGUAAGAGUGAGUCGAAAAAUCUACUCGGCAAUAGUGCCAUAAUAACGAGAGAAUGAGAGAAAAAUUGCAUAUCAGAAUGGGAAUAUCUCAAAACUAAGUGGAAAUAUGAGAGAGAAAAAAACCUCGACCUCAUUUCCGACGUAACGUGUCACGUGAGAAUAAUUAUAAUCGCUAUGCCAAUCGCUCGAUACCAAUUAACACUUUUCGAAUGAUAAAUAAAUAAUUGUUGAAUUGAUACUAGCUGCAAAA